AUGCCAUCGAGUGCUCAUGAACGAAUGGAUAACAUCAGCAUCUACACUGAAAACCGAUUCUCCAAGGAGCAGAUCUUCGUGCAGCUGGAUGAUCUCGACAACAUGCGUCUCCUUUUCCCGGACAAACUCAUCAACCUGUACGGCUAUCACAUUCGCAUUGGAGUUAAGCAAAACGAUUUUCCUUACAUGGUGAUAUGGAAAAUUCAGGGUUUCUUUUAUGGCACGUUAAAUCAUAUAUUCACAACAAUUGGCAACGAUGUCCUCAAUUUAACGUACACUUUCUUCCAACAAGAUUCGGAACAUUACGAUGGUGACGCUUACUACGGCAUUACCUUCCAGCGAGAUCAUUUCCAGCACGAGGUAGCUUUCCGAGAUAUGGAUGGGAUGUGUAUUUUGUGUCCAGUCCAGCAGGAGAAAUAUUUCUUUCCACAUCUCUUUAAACCGUUUUCUCUAGGUGCUUGGAUUUUCCUGGGAGGAGUUUUGGUAGUUUGCUGCAUCUUGCGACUACUCUUUCCCUCCAUUUUCCGAUACGAUCCGAUUCUACAGACGCUCUUUGGAGUCAUCGGCAACGAAUACAACCAAGCAUUCCCGGCCCGAGCACUGCUGUUUGGGCUAUCUUGGUUAUCAUUUUUCUUCUCCAGAACUUACACAAGCAGGAUCUUGGCACUCAUGUCCCUAGGACGAUUCGAUAAAAGACCAAACACGAUUGCCGAGUUUAUGCAGUCGGAUUAUAUGAUGGCGAUACAUAAAGAAGAACGGGCACAGUUCCCUCUGGAUGAUUUCCUUUCCAAAAUACUCGACCAGCAUGAGUUCGAACAAUUAAGGGGAAAACUUGGCAUGAACUUUCGCCUUGAAUACUGCACUGUAGAGCCUUGUGGCCUUGCAUAUUGGCUAACAGUGAGGGAUAUUCACCAGUUCAACAAAGAUUUUUUCGUUAUCAAAGAAAGCAUUGUUCCAUAUCCACGUACGUUGCAGUUUGCUAAAAAAUCACCUAUCGUUACAGUGAUAUCCCGCUACCUCGGAUUAUUUUAUGAAACUGGACUUUGGAACAAGAAUUUUCAAAAACAAAUGGAUUUAUUAGAAACGGUACCAGAAUCUAAGAAUACUCUUUCGCAAGUGGUUUUCUCAUUCGAUGAUCUAACGAGUGUGUGGAUCUUGCUUGGAGUUGGUUUGUUGAUCAGUACCGUUUUGUUUGUUGGUGAACUGUUAAGCAAGAAACGAGCAUGA